UUGGAAUAUCAAUUAUAGUGCAACAGUUAAAUUUGAUUAGUAACGCAAUAUUAACACCUGAAAGAUUUUACUAAAUAUUUCGAGGAUUAUUGUUCAUCGCAAUUAAAUAAAUAAAUUCAUUUAGUAACGAACUUUUACUUCUAGUUUGCUUAAAUUAUUACGUUAAUUCCAUACCUUUGAUCUUGAGCGCAGUUAUGAAGGAGAACUCGAGGUCGAUUUUAAAAUCUUAAAUGGAAACUUCUACUUUUUAUUCGAUAUUUUUGUAGCUGAUAUGGAGAUUUGUUUUCAAAACAUUAUUCUAAAUCUUUUUUGCUUUUUCAAAUACUGCUGGCAUUAUUCAAAGUGUAUCAUGUGAAGGUGUUUGGUCAGAUUUAAACGUCUUUUGUCUGUGUGUGUUUGCGUAUAUGCUUCAUCAUACUAUUUCGGGUCACGAUUACUCAAAAAUGAUAUGAUAAAAUUGUUUCAUUGUGUAUGCUUCAUUAUACCAUUUCAGGUCAAGAGUACUAAAAAACGAUAUGAUAAAAUUGUUGCACAAUAUUCGCCGACAAUGUCAAUUCGACAUUAUAAUCCAGUGACAUCUAAUGAACAAAUCCUUGAUCAUGCCACCCUGCUGGACCCAUCGGAACAGCUCCGGCCGGAACCGGUCUACGCCGGAAAAUUGAAGAACGCGUUUCGCAACUAUGAGAUAAAUCCCGAGGAUUCCAUCAAGGAACGUGUUCGCAGAACGUACGAGGAAAUGCAUACCAAUCAAACCGUCGAAUUUGUGAAAUCGCGCAUGCGAGAUUGGCUUCAGUUCAACAAGUUCAAGAUGACGGUGAAGGAUGCCCUGUUGAAACUCAAUGAUCUCGUGGAUGAGAGCGAUCCGGACACCAACUUGCCCAACAUCAUUCACGCGUUUCAGACCGCGGAGUCCAUCAGGCAGGCACAUCCGGACCUCGACUGGUUCCAUCUCACCGGCUUAAUCCACGACUUGGGCAAGGUGAUGGCGUUUUACGGAGAACCCCAAUGGGCGGUAGUCGGCGACACGUUUCCUGUGGGUUGCGCUUGGGGUGAUUCCAUCGUCUACAGGCAGACGAGCUUCGACAACAAUCCUGACGGCAAGGACUCGCGCUACAACACGAAAUAUGGUAUGUACAAGCCCGAGUGCGGAAUUACGAAUCUGAUGAUGUCGUGGGGCCACGACGAGUACCUGUACCAGAUGCUUGUACACAAUAAAAGUAAAUUACCGAAAGAAGCUUUGGCUAUGGUACGAUAUCAUUCGUUUUAUCCCUGGCACGCCGGCGGCGAUUAUAUGUAUUUCUGCACCCCAGAAGACAUGGACAUGUUGAAGUGGGUCGUGGAAUUUAACAAAUUCGAUCUCUAUACUAAGAGUGACGUCGUUCCCGACAUCGAAAAACUGUGGCCUUAUUACGAAAAAUUGAUCGAUAAGUAUAUUCCUGGAGUGAUCGAGUGGUAACCAAGUAUCUCCUAACGCGCUAUUUAUUAUCACAAUUUAUUAUUACGACGCGCUAUUUACAAUUUUAUUAUUUUAUUAUUUAUAUAAUAUUUUUAAUAAUAUUUUUAAUGUGUUUAUAUAUUAUUAUUAUUAUAGUAUACUGUUGUGCAUUAUUUUAUCAUCGAAGACAUGUACAUAGAGAGAACUUAAAGACCUUUAUAUUUUAUUUUACGAGACUAAAACCUAUGCAUUUGUAUCAGCGCUUAUAUUAAUCUCAUCUCUCUCUCUCUCUCUCUUUCACGUUAUUAUAUUAAAUAUCGUUAAAUAUAUAAUAUAAUAUAUCGGGAAUGAAAAGAGCGAGAAAUAAAUAGAGUACAAACAAUAUUAAAUAUAAGCGAAGCAAUUAAACACGAAA